UUAUAAAUGAGUUCUGCAAGUCGUUGACCAGAGGUUAGGUUCGUUAUGUUUCGUAGUCAUAACAUAAACAAAUUGUAAUGAUGUAUCGUUGAUUGCUAUAAACAGUAAGGGGAGAACGGGGCAAGAAUGUUGCCAUUUUUACGAAAAAUUUCAAUUCGGGGGAAGAUAAGAGAUGGUGUGCCAACAGGCGACGAAAUGGAAGUUAAUGAAGCUUGUCUGGAUGCAAAAAAUCGAGGUUUGAUCUCGCGAUCCGACACUGAACUCAAAGAAACUAUUUAUGAUUUAUUGAGAACAAUCAAGGAUCCAGAAAAACCACAAACAUUGGAGCAAUUAGAUGUUGUCUAUGAAGACUGCGUUGAGAUUUUAAGACAAACUCCCAAAGGAGUUUCUAUAAUUCGCAUUGAAUUUAAUCCAACAGUACCUCAUUGUUCUUUGGCAACACUGAUUGGACUUUGCAUUAGAGUAAAACUAGAGCGCCAUAUAGUAGCCCUUUUUAAACUAGAUAUAUAUAUUAAAAAAGGUGCACAUUCUACAGAACAAGAAAUAAAUAAACAAAUAAAUGACAAGGAAAGAAUUGCAGCUGCUAUGGAGAAUCCUAAUUUGAGAGAACUAGUGGAAAAAUGUAUUCAGGAAGAAGAGUGAAAGUCUAAAGAUGUCUUUAUAGUGCAUGGGUUGCAUUAAGUUCAACAUUAUUUAUUUGUAGUCAAUUAUCUUUAUAUAGUAAUUGUAUAUAUAAUGAAGAAGUCACACACACAACUCUGACAUGGAAUAAUAUAUCAAAAGAAUACAUACAUACACUACAAAGGUAAUGAAUACAGAAGCAGUUUAACAUUUCAAAACUCUGUUGCAAUUAAUUGUACAAAGUCAAUGAUGCUAUAAAUAAAUAGCAUACUACUAAUACAACACUUUAAAGGUAACAUUUUAUAACGAUAAAUUAUUUUAAUUAAAAUUUAAAAUAGAGAA